AUGCCAAACCCGAAACAACCGUCCAUGUUUCUCUCUGGAAGGGCGCAAAAGGCGUGCCAGUCGUGUCAAAUCGCCAAAAUCCGCUGCAAUGCCGUGGCAGGCUCUCCAUGCCAGAACUGUAACCGGAAGGGUCUUAAAUGCGUAGUCAAUAGAAAGAAUCGGCCGAGACGGCGAUCGUCUGGACAGUUGUCAAAACCGUCUCCCGCAGUGACUAGUGACAGCCUGUCAGCUAUAUCCAUAUCGCCAACUCCUUGUUCAUCCGAUGUGGCGCACAUGAUGAGUUUCAGUGAGGAGGAUUUCUGGAAUACCUUCACCAAUCUUGGUCCUUCAGCACCCUGUACUCCCGCGGGAUUCAGCCCGCUCGCACUUCUCCCAGCGUUUAUCAACCCUCUGCCCAUCAUGAUGAGUCAGGACACUGUGGAAUGCCUUCGGUUAAAUGGAGUCUUAUGCCUCCCGAGUAUCCGGCUGCAGAGCGCUCUUCUGCAAACGUUCGUGGAGACCGUGUUGCCCUCAUUGCCAAUCAUAGAAUGGCAAGGGUUUCUUAAUUCCAUUCAUGAUGGAAACGGCGGCCAUGGAUCUAUUAGCUUACUUCUUUAUCUCGCUGUGAUGUUCUCUGCAACCACUUUUGUGGAUGUGGAACAUCUCCUCGAAGCUGGUUAUUCUAGCCGACGAGAGGCCCAUGAGGCUUUCUUUCAGCGAACUCAGCUUCUAUAUAAAGCAAACUAUGAAACAGACCCUCUGGUUGUUGUUCAAUCGCUGCUUCUGAUGACCUACAGGCUGGAUACCUCAGAUGGACAUGACAGUCGUCACUGGAUGAGGGCUGCAAUCACCGUGGCUCGAUCCAUCGGGCUAUUUCAAGACGUUCCUGGCGUCUUUAACGUCCAUUAUAGCGCCAGUCUAUGGAAACGUGUUGCAUGGGCAUGUUAUAUAACGGACUGCGUGAUAUCCUUGAGAUUGAGAUGUCGAACUACGAUUGAGCGGGCGGAAUUUCGCCAUCAACCCCUGACCGAGGAGGAUUUCGAGCUGGACGCUCUCCCCUUUGAAAAUCAAGUCUUGUCCCCUACAUGCCCGAUCAUCCGGAACGUCAAGGUCCAGAGGGAUCUGGCCCUCGUGUGCAUCUCGAGUGCCAGGCUGUGCACGUGCAUCAGCGACGUGCUGGAUCUCCAGGGCAAACAAAGUAUUCAAAAUAUUCGCACAUCGGUCACAUCCACCUUCCCAACAGCAAGUCCCAGUGAUGAUUUCUCCAGCCGAGUCUUCGCCUCGGAGAUGGAGCUCGCAGAUUGGGCAAACACCCUUCCGCCUCCAUGCCAAGCCAGUCCGCUAGACCUGCACAACAUGGACGAGGAGCCCACCGUCAUUCUUCACCGCAAUAUCCUUCAUAUGAUCUUUUACACCACCGUCGCCGUUUUCCAUCAGUCGCAGCCCUUUCCAUCAUCCAAGUUCUGCGUGCAACUUGCUGCCAACCAGAUUUCACGGAUUAUGUCCGAGCUGUAUCAGCGAGAUUUGCAACACCGAUUGCCGGUUGUUGGUGUCACGGCGAUCCUCAUCGCACUGAUCAUUCAUGUGGCUGAGAUGAAAGCGCCUUCUUCGGAAGAACGCGACGAAGCGCUACAAAACUUCCAGCUAUGCCUCGACGUCAUGACCAGUCUGAGGGAGUUGUACUGGGAGGCCAAUACCGCCGCGGCAUGGGCACUGAGAGUCAUCCAAAGUGUCGCGUUCAAGGGGGGCUCCGAGGACCACUGCCGUUUCCGUGCCCGGGCUUCUUCCAGUGAUAGCAACAUCACAGAUCCUCUGAGCUCAGCAGUGCCACUCAUGAGCAUUCCACCACUGAAAAUGAAUUAA